GAAUGUGUCUUUGGGUCGGCGGUUGCUGUUUCGGGGCGGGCGGAGCUCGAUUCGACGGAUUUCAGGGACGGCAGACACUCUGUUUGUGUAUUAAAGUUUUUAUUCCCGAGGCCCUGUGUGUGAAGAGGCAGUGGGAGCAGCUUGCAGGAUGGUACGAGAAGAGGAGAAGGUUAUUCCAGUAAGAGUAGCCCUCCGCUGCCGUCCUCUUGUACAGAAGGAAAUUGAUGAAGGAUGUCAAGUGUGCUUGACAUUCACUCCUGGAGAACCACAGGUGCUUUUGGGAAUCGAUAAGUAUUUUUCAUAUGAUUACGUCUUUGAUCCCUGUGCAGAGCAAGAAGAAGUGUUCAAUAUUGCAGUAUAUCCCCUUAUUCAGGGGAUAUUCAAAGGAUAUAAUGCUACAGUAUUGGCGUAUGGACAGACUGGUUCUGGAAAGACCUAUUCUAUGGGAGGAACAUACACAUCUGGUCAAGAGGGUGAUCCAAGCGUUGGUGUCAUUCCAAGAGUAAUUAAUAUGCUGUUUAAGACGAUUGAAGAGAAUUCAGAUAAUGAUUUCACAUUAAAAGUUUCUUAUUUAGAGAUCUACAAUGAAGAUAUUUUGGAUCUGUUGCAUCCAUCUCGGGAGAAAUCCCAAAUUCACAUCAGAGAAGAUCCCAAAGAAGGCAUAAAGAUUGUAGGUCUAAUUGAAACAAAAGUGUUAACUGCAAUGGAUAUGGUGAACUGCCUGGAACAAGGAAAUUCUACAAGGACAGUUGCUGCAACAGCAAUGAACUCCCAGUCAUCCCGAUCCCAUGCCAUCUUCACAGUCACUGUUGAACAAAGAAAGAAAAGUGACAGAAACAGUUAUUUCCGUUCCAAACUGCACCUAGUGGAUCUGGCAGGAUCUGAGCGCCAGAAAAAAACAAAAGCAGAGGGUGACCGUCUGAAGGAAGGAAUCAACAUUAACCGUGGUUUGCUGUCCCUGGGUAAUGUUAUCAGCGCACUUGGAGAUGAGCAUAAUCGCAAGGGCUUUGUGCCAUAUAGAGAUUCAAAACUGACACGAUUGUUGCAAGACUCACUUGGUGGAAAUAGCCAUACAUUGAUGAUAGCUUGUGUGAGUCCUGCUGAUUCUAAUAUUGAAGAAACUCUAAAUACUCUACGCUAUGCUGACAGAGCAAGGAAAAUAAAGAAUAAACCUGUGGUUAACUUUGAUCCCCAAGCUGCUGAACUUCAGCGCCUUAAGCACCAGGUGCAAGAACUCCAAGUGCUGCUGCUGCAAGCGCAUGGGGGAACAGUUCAAAUAAGCAGCAGGGGAGUGCAAUCUGAGAAUCAACAAACUGUAAUGGACACAGUAAGAUUGCACAGAGAAGAAAUUGAACAUUUGAGUAAAGAGCUUCGUGAUGCAGUUGGCCAGACUACUCAGAUGUGUGAAAGGGUCAUACUGACUGAACAGAUGAAUGAGAAAUUGAUCUGUAAACUGCAAGAACUCUCUCAGCAUGCUGCCUGCAAGUUGGACUUGGAGAAGCUAAUGGAAGUUUCUUCAAAUGAAGAAAUGAGCGAGCAGAUCAACAUCCUACGCAGUCUGCAGCAGGCACUUUCUAAUAUGCAGAAUGAGUGUACAAAUAUGAAACCGGAAAUGGAGGGAAUUGACCUUGAGCAACAAGGGGAUGAAAAUGUAGAUCAGGAGAAUUCCAGCUUAAAGGAAAAGAGGGAUUCUGAUCCUUUCACAGCCUGCCAUGCACUAAGGCAUGCACAGAUGUCCAAAGAGUUGAUGGAAUUGAAUAAAGUGUUGGCACUUAAAGAGGAACUGGCUAGAAAAAUGUCACAGGGUGAUUGUGAAAUGGAGCCUGUGCACACUCUGUACCAGGUAAAUAUCAAGUCACUUGAGGAUCAAGUUUCUGCUCUACAGAAAGAAAAGGAAGAACUAGUGCUAGCAUUACACGGUGCGAAAAAAGACAUCAAUGCAACCAAAGUUAGUGAACGCCGACGGAAGCGUCUCCAGGAGUUGGAGGCUGAAUUAACAAAUCUCAAAAAGAAGUUGAUGGAACAAUCAAAAAUGCUGAAAUUCAAGGAGAAGACUGAGGGAACAGUUGAUAAGUUGAAUCAAGAGAUUCAGGCACUAAAGUAUCAGCGAGUUCAGCUGAUGCGACAAAUGAGAGAGGAAGCUGAAAAGUCUCGUAAAUGGAAAGCAGAAAAAGACAAGGAGGUCCUGCAACUUAAGGAGAAAGACCGAAAAAGACAGUAUGAGUUAUUGAAAUUAGAACGAAACUAUAAACAGCAAGCAAAUGUAUUGAGGCGCAAGACUGAGGAGGCUGCUGCUGCUAACAAGCGUUUGCGUGAUGCUCUUCAAAGGCAGAAGGAUGCUGCUGAGAAACGCAAGGAAUCAAACAGAGGAAUGGAAGGGACCGCUGCUAGAGUACAGAGUUGGCUAGUCAAUGAGUUGGAAGUACUUGUGAGUAUAGAGGAGGCUCGUCGUCACUUGAACUCCCUACUGGAUGACCGGAAGAUAUUGGCACAUGAGUUGUCUGUGUUAGUAGGGAAGAAAGAAGCCCACCAUCCACCACCCAAACUCCGGCGUCGAACUUUUACAUUGACUGAGUUAAUGAAAACCACUGAACAGGAUCCAUCUAUAAACAAGCAGAUUGAAAGUGUUGAGACAGUAAUAGAACUCAGGAGUGCUCAAAUUGCUGACCUUCAACAGAAAUUGAUGGAUGCAGACAAUGAGGAAAGGUCGAAGCAUCGUUGGGAAACAAUUGCUACUAUUGUAGAGGCUAAAUGUGGGCUAAAAUGGCUAAUGGGAGAGCUGGUAUCAAGUAAAGUAUCAUGUAGUAAACUGGAGAGUGAAUUCAAUCAGGCAAAAGCUGACAGUGCAGAGUUGCAGAAGACAGUAAUUGAAGAACAAACACGAAUUGCUGAAAUGGAGACUGACCAUCAGCAACAGCUGCUAGAUCAAGAACAGCGACACCAAGAUAAGGUGCUUUAUCUGCUCAGCCAGUUGCAACAAAGUUCUAAUCUACAAAAGGAGUCAGCUCCUGAUCAAGAGUCCCAGCUUGUGGAAAGGCUAAAAUUCCAAGAUGAAGAAAUCAAAAAGAUGAAAGAACUGUGUGAAAGGAAUCAGCAGCUGAUGGAAGAGAAUGAGACUUUGAAGCAGAAACUGAACCUGCUCCAAUAUACAACCAGUAAGUUGGGUGAUAGCAACCUAAUGAGCCUACCGACAGAGCCUUCAUCGUCUCCCUUUGACUAUGUUCCUCCCAAGCCAAAGAACAGGAGGAAGACUACGGCAAAGCCGCACAUGAUGACCCCACGUGUGACUCUGGAAGAGCUAUUAUCUGACUCUGAUUCUAAUGGUGAUACUGAAGAUGAUGAUUGGGUCCCCAGUAAAAUGAAAGAAAACAAAAGAGCCAAUUUAGGGUGUUCCUGCAAAGGUCGUUGUGCCAACAAACACUGCAAAUGCAGGAAGAAUAGAAUGGAUUGUGGUGACCACUGCAAAUGCAUUGCCAAUCACUGUCACAAUCGAGUCAAUGUGAAUCAAGACGAUGUGUUUACUGAAAAUGGAUCAGAUGGCUCAUUUAAAUUAGAUGAUCCCACUGAAUCAGAGUCUCGCUUCUUUGAGCCCCUUAACAUCACCUCUGACAAGGUUCUGGUUGAUAUCACUGACCAUGGAGACACAAUGCUGAAGCUAAUUCGUAAACCACUGAUGGAGACUGAAGAGUCAAACAGCUCAAAUAUCAAGAAGAAGAAGAAAACCCUUUUGAACUGUAACACCAGUUUCUUUACAGGAUACCCUUCAAUCCCUGAAACCCUAGAAUAAGUACAACUUUCUGUAAAUUUGUGCCAUUUUUAUUUGUUUGACUCCUCCAUUCCAGGAAGUGUGCUGUACUUUUUGAUUUUUCUUUGUGGGACCACCAUGAUUGUCUGUCUAUUCCUGUUUUUAUCCUACCUUUUUUCCUUUUACCAUCUUAGUUAUUUGUGUAUCUAAUGAAAUGCCUCAAAAUUAAACUAUUUGUGUGUGUGGUGGGGGGGCAGGAGAGAGAAGAAGAAACAAUUGACUAUCAAGAAGUGGAAAAUGUGGGAUUUCUUUUCACCUUUGUUGUUCUUGACUAAGCUUUUGAACAAUUGCUCAAUUAUAUAUUCUGAUUACAAUCCUGACUACCUCUAGAGAGACAGUGGGACUAUUGUUAUUUUGACAGACUUUUUGGACAUUCAUUUGUUUCUUCCACAUUGGAAAACAGAUUUACUAUUUUAAUUUGUGACAAUAGUGUACUAUUCCAAGUAUUGAGUCUGUCUUGAUACAGUUUCCUUUAUUGCAGGAAGGAAAAAAGUAAACUUGUUGCCCUAGCCCCCAUCUGAAAAAAUUGUCUCUCACAUGGAAG